AUAAAAUGCCCACUAGUGCGCCAUUAAUCAACAAUAACAAAAGCAAACCAAUCAUACUUAUUUAUAAAAUUGGAAGGGAAGUUCUUAGACUCAUUCAACAUAAUCACCUAUAUAUACAUAAUUAACAACAUUAAAAAAAUAAAAUUAUUAUAUAUCAUCAUCAUCAUUUUCCCCCACGCUUCAAAUUUGUGUAAACAAUGGGAAGAAUGAUGAGUUUGAGAGAGGUCGUAGGCAUGAUCAAGGACAAAGCUUCUCUCUCUAAAGCCGCUCUCCUCAACGCCGCCCCCAUCCGGCUGGCCGUCCUCCGCGCCACCUCCCACUCCCCUCCCGCCGCCCCGGAUGACCGCCACGUCUCCGCCCUCCUCCUCUCCGGCGAGGCCUCCCGCUCCGCCGCCUCCCCCAUCAUCGCCGCCCUCAUGCACCGCCUCCGCCGCACCGGCAACUCCGUGGUGGCCCUGAAAUGCCUCCUGGUGAUCCACCACAUCCUCCGCCGCGGCCCCUUCAUCCUCCAGGACCAGCUCUCCGUCUUCCCCGCCGCCGGCGGCCGCAACCACCUGAACCUCUCGGACUUCCGCGACGCCGGCAGCCCCGCCGCCUGGCACCUCUCCUCAUGGGUGCGAUGGUACGCCCGCUUCCUCGAAACCCUACUCUCCACAUCUAGGGUUUUAGGGUACUUCCUCUGCAGCUCAUCCUCUUUCAAGGAGAAUCAACAAGGAAGAAUUUCGUCUUUUCUGAACCUCGAUUUGAUCAAGGAGCUCGACUCUCUCAUCGUGCUCAUCGAGGAAAUCUGCAGAGCUCCCGACAAUCUUGCGGCGGAGGGCGGCGAGAUUGUCAAGGAGAUAACGUCUUUGUUUAUCAACGACUACCUUUCGUCGGUUAACGAGCUCUUGCUGCGACUCACCGAGUUGAGCGAGCGACUCGACUCGCUCAGUUUCGGCGACUCAGUGGAGCUCGCCUGUGCAUUGAAGAGGUUGCAGGAGUGUAGAGAGAGAUUAUCGGUUUUGUAUGCGGUGAAUAAGCCUUCGAUUGAGAUGAUGUGGGGCUUGGUUCAAGAAUUGAAGGAUCGAAUUGGGAUGCUCAAUAGAGAAGGUGGGAAAUUGCUGACUUGGCGAACUCGGGAGACUGGGAGUGAGUCGGCUCGGUUUGAACACCGAGUUUUCAAGGGCACUGACUCUCUAAACUUUCAAUCAGGGAGGUUCAGCGUAAACAUUGUUCCUAGUUUUUGGGCUUUGGAUAAAUCAAUUUGAAUAUUUUUACUUAUUUCUUCUCUCCUUUUUGUUGAUGAGAGUAGGAUUAGACUAUUGGUAUAGAUUGAGUGAUUUUCCAAUGUUUGAUAUGUGAGUAAAAGUAUUUUUUAGUUUUUUGGGUGUAUAUAAUUAAUAUGACAUCAGUUUCUAUA